AUGUCUACCAACAUCACCUUCCACGCUAGCGCCCUGACCCGUAGCGAGCGCACCGAGCUCCGCAACCAACAAGGUCUCACAAUCUGGCUGACCGGACUCUCCGCCUCCGGCAAGUCCACUCUGGCCGUGGAACUGGAGCACCAACUCGUCCGUGACCGCGGUAUUCACGCCUACCGUCUGGAUGGCGACAACAUCCGGUUUGGACUGAACAAGGACCUUGGUUUCAGCGAGGCCGACCGCAACGAGAACAUCCGUCGUAUUGCGGAAGUGGCCAAGCUAUUCGCCGACUCCAACUCCAUCGCUAUCACUUCGUUCAUCUCCCCUUACCGGAAAGAUCGUGACACAGCCCGCCAGCUGCACGAGGCUGCCACACCCGGCGAGCAGACCGGGUUGCCUUUCGUUGAGGUGUAUGUUGAUGUGCCUGUUGAGGUUGCUGAGCAGCGUGAUCCCAAGGGUCUGUACAAGAAGGCUCGGGAGGGUGUGAUUAAGGAGUUUACUGGUAUUUCGGCUCCUUAUGAGGCGCCGGCUAACCCUGAGGUUCAUGUUAAGAACUAUGAGUUGCCGGUUCAGGAUGCUGUUAAGCAGAUUAUUGAUUACCUUGACUCUAAGGGGUACUUGCCUCCCAAGAAGGAGUAA